CGCGAAAAAUCGGUCUUCCCGGGAAAAGCUAGUCUACAGGUUUGCUGCUGUUCAAAACGGUCGUGAGAAGAUGGCGGAUUCAUCAGAGUCGUUUCACAUGGCCACCAGCCCCAGUCGUGGCUCGCGGCGGGGUGACCUGACCUCCAGCCCCGGCCGAGAUCUGCCCCCGUUUGAGGACGAGUCCGAGGGGCUUCUGGGAGACAGUAUUCCUGAUGAGGAGGACAGAGACGGAGAGGAGCUGAUCGGAGAUGGGAUGGAGAGAGACUACCGUGUCAUUCCGGAACUGGACCGUUAUGAAGCAGAGGGUCUGGAUGAGGAUGAAGAUCUCAGUGAACUUUCUCCCGGCGCUCGGGCGGAAGCUGAAGCAGCCAUGAGACGGCGGGACAGAGAACAGGGCCUUGGUAUGGGCCGCAUCGGACGCGGACUUCUGUACGACAGUGACGACGAGGACGACAAACGGCCCACGAAGAGGCAGCGGGUUCUCGCGGAGAGGGCAGCUGAGGGCGUCGCGAUGGAUGGCGAGGAUGAAGAGAUGAUCGAAAGCAUUGAGAACCUGGAGGACAUGAAGGGCCACACGGUCAGGGAGUGGGUUUCAAUGGCCGCCCCACGACUGGAGAUCUACCACCGCUUCAAGAACUUCCUGCGCACACACGUGGAUGAGCACGGACACAACGUCUUCAAAGAGCGCAUCAGCGACAUGUGCAAAGAAAAUAAGGAGAGUUUACUGGUGAACUAUGAAGAGCUUGCAUCCAGGGAGCACGUGCUGGCGUAUUUUCUGCCGGAGGCUCCUGCCGAGAUGCUGAAGAUCUUCGAUGAAGCCGCCAAAGAGGUGGUGCUUGCGAUGUACCCCAAAUACGACAGAAUCGCACAUGAAAUCCACGUCCGCAUCGGCAACCUGCCAUUGGUGGAAGAACUUCGAUCGCUCCGGCAACUUCACCUGAACCAGUUGAUCCGCACCAGCGGUGUGGUGACCAGCUGCACUGGAGUUCUGCCGCAGCUCGGUAUGGUGAAAUACAACUGUAACAAGUGUAACUUCAUCUUGGGACCCUUCUUCCAGUCCCAGAACCAGGAGGUGAAGCCGGGCUCCUGUCCCGAGUGUCAAUCACUCGGUCCGUUUGAGAUCAACAUGGAGCAGACAGUGUACCAGAACUACCAGCGUAUCACCAUUCAGGAGAGUCCUGGCAAAGUCGCGGCAGGCCGCCUGCCUCGCUCCAAAGACGCCAUCCUGCUGGCUGACUUGGUGGACACCUGCAAACCCGGAGACGAGAUUGAGCUCACAGGAAUCUACCACAACAACUACGACGGCUCUCUCAACAUGGCUAACGGCUUCCCUGUCUUCGCUACUGUAAUCCUGGCCAAUCACAUCGCCCGUAAGGAUGAGGGCGUGGCCGUGGCGGAGCUCACUGAUGAAGACAUCAAAGCCAUCAUGGCUCUGUCCAAAGACGAGCGCAUCGGAGAACGGAUUUUCGCAAGUAUUGGUCCGUCCAUCUAUGGGCACGAAGACAUCAAACGCGGUCUGGCGCUUGCUCUGUUUGGCGGCGAAGCCAAGAAUCCAGGUGGGAAGCACAAGGUGCGUGGCGAUAUUAACGUUCUCCUAUGUGGAGAUCCGGGCACAGCCAAGUCCCAGUUCCUAAAGUACGUCGAGAAGGUUUCGAGUCGCGCGGUCUUCACUACAGGCCAGGGCGCUUCCGCUGUGGGUCUGACGGCUUACGUGCAACGUCAUCCCGUGACUCGAGAGUGGACGCUGGAGGCGGGAGCGUUGGUGCUGGCGGACCGAGGUGUCUGCCUCAUUGACGAGUUUGAUAAGAUGAACGAUCAGGACAGGACCAGCAUCCAUGAGGCCAUGGAGCAGCAGAGCAUCUCCAUUUCUAAAGCUGGGAUUGUCACAUCGCUGCAGGCUCGCUGCACUAUCAUCGCUGCCGCCAACCCUAUCGGUGGGCGUUACGACCCGUCGCUCACGUUUUCGGAAAACGUGGACCUGACAGAGCCCAUCAUUUCUCGAUUUGACGUUCUGUGUGUUGUAAGAGACACCGUCGACCCUGUGCAGGAUGAGAUGCUGGCACGCUUCGUGGUGGGCAGCCACAUCAAACAUCACCCGAGCAACAAAGAAGGGGGCGUGGCCAGUCUUGAGGAGGUGGUGCUGCCAAACACCUUCGAUGUCCCACCCAUCCCUCAGGAGCUGCUCAGGAAGUAUAUCAUGUAUGCGAAAGAACGCGUGCGACCAAAACUUAAUCGGAUGGACCAGGACAAGGUGGCCCGAAUUUACAGCGACCUUCGAAAAGAGUCUAUGGCUACAGGAAGUAUCCCAAUCACCGUGCGUCACAUAGAGUCCAUGAUCCGCAUGGCCGAGGCACACGCCCGCAUGCAUCUGCGGGACUAUGUGCUGGAGGACGACGUGAACAUGGCCAUCCGUGUCAUGCUGGAAAGCUUCAUCGACACGCAGAAGUUCAGCGUGAUGAGGAGCAUGCGGAAGACGUUCGCGCGGUAUCUGGCCUUCAGACGAGACAACAACGAGCUGUUGCUCUUCAUCCUGAAGCAGCUGGUUUCCGAGCAGGUCGCAUAUCAGCGCAACCGUUACGGAGCCCAGCAGGACACCAUCGAGAUUCCUGAAAAGGAUCUGGUGGACAAGGCCCGACAGAUUAACAUCCACAACCUGUCUGCGUUUUACGACAGCGAGCUGUUCCGCUCGAACAGAUUCUCCCACGACGCCAAGAAAAAGCUCAUCGCACAGAAGUUCUAGGCAUUCGUUAUGGAUUUGUUUGCAAGGAAUUGCGUAGAAUCCCUUGGACUUGUAUAUAUUCCGUCAUGCAGUUGUCGGAUUGAAUGUUGUUUUUGGUCUUUUCAUUAACUUGUUACCGUAGUCAUUACGGUUGUAGUGAUCUGCUUGGCUCACGCAGUCUUGUUGGCUGUCAUUCUUGAAAUUUCUCUAGUGUCAGUUUUGCAGAAGUACUGCAUGUAUCGAAUUUGUGAUGUAAAAAAAAAAAAAAAACUUUUGUACUGUUGUGUUCUGAA